UAUUUGAUACAUCGAGACGAAGGCAAACCACCAAACAUCAACUUGUUCUCUUUUCUUAACUUCUAAAACUUCCGCGUUCUUGGAAAAUCUUGAAAAAUGGCUUCAUCUUCUUCUUCAUAUGCAUUCCGUCAUGCCCGUUCCAACAGCUUGCCCUCUAGAGCUCAUCCAGUAAUUUCAAAGCUUGAUGAGACCUUAAGCAGCCUAAGAACUUCUGAAACAACCUGCUCAUCAUCCUCAUCCGUGACCUGCAAGGUAAAUGACCUGCAAGAUCUGCACGGAUGCGUGGAUCAGCUGCUGCUGCUGCCGCUUGUACAACAAGCCUUCACCCAGGAGUGCCACUCAAGGUGGGCCGAUGAGCUUCUAGACGGUUCUCUCCGGCUCUUGGACUUGUGCAGCACUGCUAAGAACAGCCUCUUGCGGUCGAAGGAAGCCUUGCAGGAACUCCAGUCGAGCAUGUGUAGACGAAAGGCGGGCGAGAGCAUGCUGGACAUUGAGAUCCAAAAGUACUUGAGCGUGCGGAAGUCGGUCCGGAAGGCGAUGAAGAAGGCCACAUCGAGCUUGAAGGCUAGGAAAGAUGAUUCCGCAUCUUCUGCUCUUAUCAAAGAAGAUGAAGCUGCAGCUUUUGUUACCUUAUUAAAAGAAAUCAAAGUAGCAACAACUGCUGUCUUCGAAUCGGUUUUCUGCUUAUUGUCUGGCGCAAGGCAACCCAGAUCGAGCAUUGCCUGGUCUUUUAUUUCCAAGGUGACACUCAAGAGACGAGCUGCAUCUACGGAAGUGGACCUGAACGGGUUCGCCAAGCAAGAUAUGGCCUUGGAGUCUCUGAUAAGACACAAGACGGGCAAAGUUCACGACCUCACACAAGUCCAGCAAUUGCAGGACGGUCUGAAGAAUCUCGAUCUCGACAUCCAUGAUCUCGAGGAAGGACUUGAGAGCCUUCACAGGAGGUUGAUUAAAAGCAGAGUUUCCCUUCUAAACAUCAUCAACCACUAGCAUUCACCAAAUUUUGUUAGCAAAAGAGGUGUACAUAAACAGAACAGACAUGUAUAAUUCUCGUAUAUAGUCGAAUGAAAAAGUUUUGCUCCUUUACUACUACAAACGACGUCUUCAGCUGCCUAACUCUAUUAACAUCGGACUCUGGUUUGAUUGAAACUCUUUCAAACAGCAAUGGUGAAAUGAAGCUGUUGGAACCGAAU